AAUGGCAAUAGUAUUUGAAACACAAGCGAAGCGAAGAGAAGAAGUGAACUGGUGGAAACACCGAACAAGACAAAACAAACCAGCGAAUUAAGAAGCGUUAUUGUACAUCGUUCAGAAAAAGGAAGACUAAUUCUACAGAAAAAAUGCCAGCUAUUGGAAUUGAUCUUGGAACAACGUACUCAUGUGUUGGAGUUUGGCAACACGGCAACGUAGAGAUCAUAGCCAACGACCAGGGAAACAGAACUACUCCAUCCUACGUGGCUUUCACAGACACCGAGCGUCUGAUCGGAGAUGCUGCUAAGAACCAGGUGGCUCUCAACCCCAACAACACCGUAUUCGAUGCCAAACGACUCAUCGGCCGUAAAUUCGAUGACCCGAAGAUCCAGGAUGACAUGAAACACUGGCCCUUCAAAGUCAUCAAUGACUGUGGCAAACCUAAAAUCCAGGUGGAGUUCAAGGGAGAGACAAAGAGAUUCGCACCGGAGGAGAUUAGCAGCAUGGUCUUGACAAAAAUGAAGGAAACCGCAGAGGCGUACUUAGGAUCAACAGUGCGCGAUGCUGUAAUCACAGUUCCAGCAUACUUCAACGACUCGCAACGGCAGGCUACUAAAGAUGCGGGCGCCAUCGCCGGGUUAAACGUAUUAAGGAUCAUCAAUGAGCCAACAGCUGCCGCCCUCGCUUAUGGCCUCGAUAAAAAUUUAAAAGGUGAGCGAAAUGUACUCAUAUUUGACUUGGGCGGCGGAACUUUCGAUGUCUCCAUCUUAACCAUCGAUGAGGGCUCACUGUUUGAGGUGAAAGCGACCGCUGGUGACACACAUCUGGGAGGUGAGGACUUCGACAACAGACUUGUAAACCAUCUUGCAGAAGAAUUCAAGCGGAAGUAUAAGAAAGACCUACGUAGCAAUCCUCGAGCCUUACGUCGCCUACGUACAGCCGCCGAACGAGCGAAACGAACUUUGUCAUCAAGCACGGAAGCUACCAUCGAGAUUGAUGCUCUGUACGAAGGCAUCGACUUCUACACCCGAGUGUCACGGGCGCGAUUCGAAGAACUGAACUCGGACCUGUUCCGCGGUACUUUGGAGCCCGUCGAGAAGGCGCUCAAAGAUGCAAAAUUGGACAAGAGCUCGAUCCAUGACGUAGUGCUUGUUGGCGGCUCCACUCGCAUCCCGAAGAUUCAAAAUAUGUUACAGAGCUUCUUCUGUGGCAAAAAGCUCAACCUGUCCAUAAACCCCGACGAGGCAGUAGCAUACGGUGCCGCAGUGCAAGCAGCUAUACUGAGCGGCGAACAACAUAGUAAGAUCCAGGAUGUGCUACUAGUCGACGUUGCACCAUUAUCACUCGGUAUCGAGACUGCUGGAGGCGUUAUGACUAAAAUCAUCGAGCGUAACGCAAAGAUACCUUGCAAGCAGUCGCAAACAUUCACUACCUAUUCUGACAAUCAACCUGCUGUGACGAUUCAAGUAUACGAAGGCGAGCGUGCUAUGACAAAGGACAACAACUUACUGGGCCGUUUCGACUUGACUGGCAUCCCACCUGCACCUAGAGGAGUGCCGAAGGUCGACGUAACAUUCGAUCUGGACGCGAACGGCAUACUUAACGUGUCCGCUAAGGAGAAUAGCACGGGCCGCAGCAAGAACAUAGUCAUCAAGAACGACAAAGGUCGCCUAUCGCAGGCCGAGAUCGACCGCAUGGUCUCAGAGGCAGAAAAGUACAAGGAGGAGGACGACCGCCAGCGCGAGAGAGUCUCGGCUCGCAACCAACUUGAGACGUACAUCUUCAAUGUUAAACAAGCACUGGACGACGCAGGCGACAAACUAAGCGAAAGUGAUAAGGACACAGCACGCCAGGAAUGCGAUGAAGCGCUAAGAUGGCUAGACAACAACACCCUAGCCGAGAAAGAGGAGUAUGAACAUAAGCUGAAAGAUGUGCAGCGAGUGUGCAUGCCAAUGAUGAGCAAGAUGCACGGCGGAGGAGCGGGAGCCGGACAGAACAUGGGCGGCUACCAACAACAAGCCUACAACAACAACUCCGGCCCCACGGUGGAGGAAGUAGACUAAUUUUAACAAAUUCUUCAUCAUUCCAAAAUAGGAUCGGUCUUAGUUCCUAAACCCGCCGAGAAACAAUGUGAAUAGAUAAUACGUAAUGUAAAUACAAAUUGUAAAUAGUAUUUUAGUUUAAAGUGUUAAUUUAUUUUAAGUUAAGUAGGAUCUUUUAAUUCCAAAUCCAACAGAUGAUCAUUGUUGUUCCAAUAAAUUUAAUUUCAACAUAAAUUUAACUUCUUUUUCUUACCCUCCCAUGUAUUAUUUCUUUUCACCUAAAGAGUAUGCGAUUGAUAGGUAGGUUAGGUACAUUAAUAAAA